GGAUAUAAUUUAAUGGGUAAAUAAUAUGCAAGAGAGCCUGCUGUUGCAAAAAAUUCAGCCAAAGCCAAAGCAAGUGAUUUGAGAACUCAUUUCAAGAAUACUUAUGAAGUGGCUAGAGCAAUCAAAGGAUAAACCCUUGCCUAAGCCCUUAAAUACAUGCAAGACGUUCUUUAACAUAAGAGAUGCGUUCCUUUCACCAGAUUUAAUGGUGGAGUCGGAAGAACAGGUUAAGCUAAAGAAUUCGGCAGAUCUCAAGGUAGAUGGCCAGAAAAGAGUGUUAGAAUUGUGUUGUCCCUUUUAUAAAACUUGGCAGCCAAUGCUCAAGUCAAAAAUUUGAGCAAUGAAAAAUUGAUCAUCAAUCAUGUCUAAGUCAAUAGAGCUUAAAAGGGAAGACGUAGAACCUACAGAGCUCACGGAAGAAUCAAUCCUUUCCUAUCAUCAAAUGCUCACAUUGAAAUUUGGGCUGCUUAAAAAGAUGAAAAUGUUAAAAAAGAAGCCAACAAUAAGGUUGUUGCUCGUUAAUCAAGAAAACAAGCUGCAAGAUCUAAAUUAGCUAUUGGAGCAUGAGCAUAUAUUAGUAUAAGUAUAUUAAAAUAAACAAAUCGAACAAUUAAUGAA